AUGAUGAGUGUAAAAAGUGAUCACGAAUGGCGACCCCUGAAGCACCCCAACAAAACCGACAUAUCGCCGCUGAGGCAGCAUGUGCCGGAACAACAGUGUUUAGGGCCAAAUCAGAUUGCAGGGGCUGCUCAUACGGUGGAAGUUAUUAGAGAUGGACAAGAUUUGUUCCUUGAAGUUCAGUCUCUUGAUCUUUCGACUGAAUGCUACUUCACUACCAGAGUGCCCCAGGGAGUGUUUGGAAACUUGGAAAAAGUUUGUGCUUUCCUUUGGAACCAACGUCUGGCUGUUGCUGAUAUAGCAGGGGAAGCCCUAAAUGUGUUGGUUUUGGAAGAUGCGGGAGCUAUGAGCCAGGCGCCGGGCGGGUGGCCCUUUUUUUAA